AUGUCUUCCUCCAUCGAAUCAGGAAAGAUUUUCAACGUCGUUGAGCCUACAGGCGCAGACGCCGCUAGAGCUGAGACUACCGCAGCGCAGGCUCAAGCUGAAGCACCAACGCACGCGGCUGCAAGAGUCAUAGAACACAAUGCUGAGCAGGUUCAGGGAGUAGCUGAGAGUGCCGCGUUAGCUGCAAAGUCGUUAGGCAAAGAGUUUACCGGUGAACCACCUUCUGCUGCAGACCAACUGCAAGCAAAAACCAACUCCGCCGUUGCGCAGGGACAGGCCGAUGUCGAGACCGCCAAAGUCCAAGGUCAAAGCUACCUGGAUCAGGCGAAGAGUCUCGCAGGAAGUGCACUAGCCACCGCACAAUCGUAUCUUCCCAACUCUAACCCCGUCACUCAUCCAUCCACCGGCGGCAGUACUGCCGCGACAGAUACACUCGCACAGAUACAAGCAGGCGCAGCUACUGCGUUAGCUACAGGGAAGGAAUAUCUCGAUUCAGCUCAAACUGCUGCUCAACCACAUAUCGAGCGUGCUGUGGAGGCUGCCCAGCCGCAUAUAAACAGAGUGUCGGAGGCAGCGAGCAAUUAUAUGAACAAUGUGGGCGGCGAAACUGACACCAGUUCUUCUGUACCACCGAAAAUUCCUGCGACAAGCGCACCACUAGAGAGCGGACCACAUACGGUAGAAACACCGUAUCCGAGUACCACAACGAAAGUCGGGGAGUAA